AUGGGACCAAUGGAACUGGCAGAUUAUGUAGGACUCGACACGACAAAGUUUAUUAUUGACGGUACGUUUUGUAGUCACGUCCAAAGUAAGACGAAAGUGCUUCUCCGCUCUUCGCAUUCUAUUUAAGUUGUGUCAUGUUGUUGCCUUGCAAAGCUUAUGAUUUGUAAGUAAGCUCAACGUCGCUUCUUUUUUGGUUCAAGUUUUCUCAGUAGACAGAUGCGCAAGUAGUUACUCGUAUUUGCCAGCGCAGAUAAUACGAAAUUUUCUAUGAAACCAUCGAAUUUUCCUUGACUUAAUUGUACUGGCAAACACCGUCCUUGAAGAAUUUUUUCCUCAGGACAAAACAACUCUCCCAUGUUCAAAAAGAAUAAGGAGACUUUUCCCACAUUUUUCCGUCUAUAAUGCCUUUGGAAAACUAGCCUCCGAUCAGGCUCACUUGUGAGAGUUCGGGGAUGUAGGGACCUUACGAAACCACGACGACAACGGCAACGGGAACGUCAAACACAACUGCGAGGUGAAAUGUCCAAAUUUUAAAUUUACUUGGGAACGGCAAGGCGAUAAAUUCUACCAUCUCUGUUCGAACUUGAACGCGUUCCCCUCUCUUCAGCUCCAGCCAAAAUCCUCUUCUUUUAAGUAACAGGGCGAAUUGGGAUAAUCGCGAAAACGUUUAAAAGGAUGCGAAGUCUGUUUUUCAGCGACGUUUUCAUGGACGUCGCCGUUGUCGGAUGGGAAGGUUCCUAAUGUUUGGCGGCGGCGCCUUUUACACGCGCCGGCGUAGCAAGCGAAAAGAAUGGAGCGAGGAAAAGCGAAUUGCUAAAUGUUUUUAGGCCUUACACGUUUGGCCAAAAAACAGCAAACAUCCCGCCGUAAAAUUUUGCUUUCUCGCUUUUUAACUCUUUUCUUCCCUAUUUAUUUCACACUUUCUCUCUCUGCUCAUAAUUUUUAGGAAGGUUGUCUACACCUGCAUUUUCCAAAUUCUAUGCCAUAAAUUACAAACCUUUGGAUAUCGUCUUCAUUUUCUCGUCGUUUUUAUAUUUCAGGUUGGCAUGAAAAACACCCAGAUGUGCCGCUUUUUGAGCCGAGCGAAAUUCUUAACGACCUUGUCGCUCGAAACAAGUUGGGCAGGAAGACUGGAGAAGGAUUCUACAAGUAUGACUAG